UAUUUCUUCGCGCAUGCGUGUUGUUGAUGACGCGCUAGCUGCUGUUAGCCAAGUAGAUUGGUUGAUUUCCUGCUUCUAACUGCCUGACUUUGAGUCAGUUUAUUAGUCUGCAGUUCAAACCCUUCGUUACUCCACCAUGCUUCAGUUCCUGGCUGGCUUUACCUUGGGGAAUGUCGUGGGGAUGUAUCUGGCUCAGAACUACGAGGUUCCAAACAUAGCCAAGAAAAUUGAAGCCUUUAAGAAAGAUGUGGAGGCCAAGAAGAAGCCCCCAGAUUGAGCAGAGCGAGACCAUGUCGCAAGAACAGAUGCACUCUGUAAAGAAACUAUUUAUUGUACAGGGACAUGGGACAAUGAGUGUACAUUUGAUACAAAUGACUUUGUGAAACAUGAGAAUAUUAACAGUGCCUGGAACCAUAUGUUUUAGUUUUUAUAGGUAGGUUCUCACAGGGCCUAUUUUUAUAAGAUAAAUUGUGCAAAGACUGGAUUCAAAGAAUAUAACGAAUGGCUAAUGGGGAUCACUUUAAGUCCAGUAUCAUGGCACUGUUGGCUGGUCUCUUCCAGGAAGCACUGUGCCGUUUUAAUUUGCACAUUACUUUCAGAUUAUCAACAUUAGGUGAACAUCAAUAGAGCUUCUCUGUUGUCUUCCACAAAGUUUCAAGAUUUCUUUCACACGUUUCAAGUCUAUAACUGCCAACUUUUGACAAGUGUAAACACAACUCUGGAUCAUCCAGCUUACAAUAAAGUUGCUGUCUAUGAAUUUUAAA